GACGACGAUGAUGACAAGGAACUAUUGGAACUACAUAAGAAUAUCAUGGUCGAAUAUAUGUUAAGCGUUCAUCGAAGGAAAAAAGUUGCCAUUGAUGCCUAUGAAAACAAAAGAAUGCGACGACAAAAGAAAAUGAAGGAUCAUUUAGAGCAAUUGUACGAAAAACGUUAUGGCACCGAUACAUGGAAACUUCGUGGUGGAUUGGAAAUCCCGUCAGCUCUCUUACACAAAGUCAAACAAGAAAAGGAUCGAUUCAAGGUCAGGCGUCAUCAUGGGCUUAUUCGCAUUUUAAAACAAGGAUCAUCGUCAUCAAAGAAAUUACAUCAUCGACAUCGACAUUUUGAAGACGAAGAUGCAUCAACAACAAGGGCUGGUAAUUGCAAAAAACUGGCUCAGUAUUGUCAAAAAGAAGCAAAACGUGCAGCUACUAAAGGUGGAAGAGCAACAAAGGACAUUCAAUUGAAAGCAAAACGAGCACAAAAAGAAAUGUUGAUCUUUUGGAAAAAGAAUGAAAAAGAAGAAAGAGAACUACGCAAGAAAGCUGAACGUGAAGCCUUGGAACGAUUAAGACAAGAAGAAGAACGCCGUGAAGCUCAACGACAAGCAAGAAAGUUGAACUUUUUAAUUACCCAAACUGAACUCUACAGCCAUUUCAUUGGACGAAAAAUCAACAAGGAUGUGACUGAAGAUGAAGAUACGAUGGGCCAACAAGAUGAUUUGACAACUAUGGAUACUAACAAUGGUCAUGAAUCUAUGGAUAUUGACAUCACUGCAAAUGAUGGAUCCAUGGAAGAAUUGGAUUUCGACGAAGAUGAUGAAGAAAAACUCAAGGAACAUGCUCGUAUCAGUGCUCAAAAUGCAUUAGCCAAACAAAGGGAACGAACUAAAGCUUUCGAUGAAGGGGCCAAACAACGACGAAUGGAUGCCAAUGGUGACUUGAAUAUGCAAGAUCAAUUGGAUACGAUGAAUUUCCAAGAACCUUCAAGUAUGGGAUCAGGACCUGAGGUCAAACAACCUAGUAUUCUUAUGUGUCAAUUGAAAAGUUAUCAACUCAAGGGGUUAAACUGGUUGGCCAAUUUGUAUGAUCAAGGAAUUAAUGGAAUUCUGGCCGAUGAAAUGGGUCUCGGAAAGACUGUACAAUCUAUAUCAUUAAUGGCAUAUUUAGCUGAAGUUCACAACAUUUGGGGUCCUUUUCUUGUGAUUGCUCCUGCUUCUACUCUUCACAAUUGGCAACAAGAAAUUUCAAAAUUUGUUCCUUCUUUCAAAGCACUUCCAUAUUGGGGUAAUCCAAAGGAACGAAAAAUCCUACGACAAUCUUGGACAAGAAAGCAAUUAUAUGGUCGUGACGCUCCUUUCCAUAUUGUCAUUACAAGUUAUCAAUUAGUAUUGACAGAUGUUAGUUAUUUUCAACGGGUCAAAUGGCAAUAUAUGGUUUUGGAUGAAGCACAAGCGAUCAAGAGUUCAUCUAGUGCAAGAUGGAAAAUGCUACUUGGAUUCCACUGUCGAAACCGAUUACUACUUACUGGUACACCUAUUCAAAACAGCAUGCAAGAACUUUGGGCUUUACUUCAUUUUAUUAUGCCAACGCUGUUUGAUUCUCACGAAGAAUUUAGUGAAUGGUUCUCCAAGGAUAUCGAAAGUCAUGCUGAAAACAAAGGAACUCUGAACGAACAUCAACUACGAAGAUUACAUAUGAUUCUGAAACCAUUCAUGUUAAGACGUAUAAAACGAAAUGUACAACACGAAUUGGGUGAAAAGAUUGAAGUGGAACUUUAUUGUGAUCUGACAGCUCGACAGAAACAACUUUAUAGAGGUCUGAAAGAAAAGAUAUCUAUUUCUGAAUUAUUGGAAAAAGCAACAUCUUUGGGUGAUGUUGAAAGUAUGGAUAGCUUGAUGAAUCUAGUCAUGCAGUUUAGAAAGGUAUGUAAUCAUCCUGAGCUCUUUGAACGUGCCGAUGUAGAAUCACCUUUUGCUUUCUGUGAAUUUGGGGAAAGUGGACCUCUCAACAAGGAACAAUAUUUGGAAUACUCUUAUUCUACAAGAAACAAAAUCAAAUAUUAUCUUCCAAGACAAGUAUAUCGAAACGGUGGCAUGCUAAAAGUACCUGGACCUCAAUCCAAUGCUGGUUUCUCUACUCGCUAUCUUGACAAUCUCUUGAAUAUUUGGGACAGUGAUUAUAUCCAUCAAUCCAUGUCAUCCAAUGAUCAAGAUACUGCAUUCUCAUUCUUACGAUUCAUUGAUACCAGUCCUCAUGAAGCAAGUUAUUUGUUCAAACAUUCUUUAAUAUCUCGAUGGCUUGUACAUUUAUCUCAAAGGGAUCAACGUGCGCGAAGACGAUUUUACAAAACUGAAGAAUCAUACAGUUAUCCGGAUGCUCCUAUCAAUACAUACGCCAAAUUCUUAAUAACUGAUACCACCACACCUACCGACCCAUUGAUUAUCACUUCAGGUAGUGCUAUGGAUGAACUGACCCAUAUUGGAGAUAAAAUGAUAUACUUGAACAAAAAGUUUGGCAACAACUAUUUCCCAAGUGCUCGAUCGGUACCCAUUGAUAUUGUCUGCUCUGAUGCAUCCUUUGAAAGGGAACAACAUUCGAUAUUAUUCAACACCAAUAUCAUCUCAUCGUUACUUGGAACACCACAAUACAUGGAUAGAAAUGAACCUGAAGAAAUGAUUGCAUUACAGCAAGUGAUUCGAAAAUCUGAUGGUCAAGGUAUCAUUACAAUUCCUUCAUCUGGUUAUGGUUAUUCUCAAAUGAAAGUACCAGCUAUGCGUGAUCUUAUUUUAGAUUCUGGGAAAUUAGCACGUCUGGAUAAAUUAUUAGAACAACUCAAGGCGGAAGGACAUCGAUGUUUGAUUUAUUUCCAAAUGACACGUAUGAUUGAUUUGAUGGAAGAGUAUAUCGCCUACAAACAAUAUAAAUAUCUACGAUUAGAUGGAUCAUCAAAAAUCUCAGAUCGUCGAGACAUGGUACAGGAUUGGCAGACACGACCAGAAAUCUUCAUCUUUUUACUCAGUACACGUGCAGGUGGGCUUGGUAUCAACUUGACAGCAGCAGAUACUGUGAUCUUUUAUGACAGCGAUUGGAAUCCAACUGUGGAUCAACAAGCUAUGGAUCGUGCACAUCGAUUGGGCCAAACAAAACAAGUGACGGUAUACCGAUUAUUAACCAAAAAUACAAUUGAAGAACGAAUCUUGAUGCGAGCAAAACAAAAGGAUGAAAUUCAAAAGGUAGUGAUUUCUGGUGGUGAAUUCAAACAAGUCGACUUUAAACCUCGUGAAAUUGUUUCUCUCUUAUUGGAUGAUGAAGAAAUGGAUAGUAAAUUAGCACAGCAACUUAAACGAAAGGCGAUAGAAGAAGAUAACAACAAGAAAGAUAACGACGAACGGAAAGAUUCACCACGACCAACAAAGAGGAAUAGAAAACAACAAUCAUCCAAAGAAUCAACACCAGCGCAAAGUCCAUAUACUGUAGAUCGAUUAUUUAGUGCGGGUGGCGAUACUUUACCUGAAGAUGAAAUGGAUUCUGGAUCAUCAACAUCAAGAAAGAAAUCAUCGUCAACUUCUACGGACAAGAAGGGAAGAACAGGUCGACCAAGAACAAACUUUUCUUUUACUGGAUAGAUCCCUUAUACAUUUAUUUGUUCACACUCACACACACGUAUACACACGAUUUUCCCCUCCAUGCUCUCUCUACCGACUUUAUACUUCCCAUCAAUAUACAAAUACAAUUUUUUUUAUAUAUCACAUCGUUUACUCUCAUUCUUUGUUUAUAUUACAAUAAAAUCCCAUCA